GCUGCUGCUGGGACGGGGCUUGGCCCACGGAAUCUGGCCGGCUUGCACCAUGGCGGAGAAGGGCAGGCUCAGCUUCCCCACGGGGCCCGGCGCCCUAAACACGCCUGUACCCAUGAACCUGUUCGCCACCUGGGAGAUCGAUGGCUCUAGUCCCAGUUGCGUCCCCAGGUUAUGCAGCCUGACCUUAAAAAAGCUGGUCGUUUUUAAGGAAUUGGAAAAAGAACUCAUCUCUGUUGUAAUUGCUGUCAAAAUGCAGGGCUCAAAACGAAUAUUGAGGUCUCAUGAAAUUGUGCUGCCUCCCAGUGGACAAGUGGAAACUGAUCUUGCACUAACAUUUUCAUUACAGUAUCCUCAUUUCUUGAAAAGAGAAGGCAACAAACUUCAGAUUAUGCUGCAGAGAAGGAAACGAUACAAAAACCGAACUAUUUUGGGCUACAAAACUUUGGCAGUGGGAUCCAUCAACAUGGCUGAGGUGAUGCAGCACCCAACUGAAGGAGGCCAGGUUCUGAACCUUUGUAGCAACAUCAAGGAAGUCACUACUAAAGUAGCUGAAAUAUGGAUCUUCUCUUUGUCUAGUCAACCAAUAGAUCAUGAUGACAGCACUAUUCAUUCUAGCCAGAAAAUCAAAUCCACAGAUAACUAUUCUGAAGAAGAAUAUGAGAGCUUUUCUUCAGAACAGGAAGCCAGUGAUGAUGCUGUCCAAGGACAGGAUUUGGACGAUGAUGAAUAUGAUGUGGGGAAACCAAAGAAACAGCGGAGAUCGAUAGUAAGAACGACAUCCAUAACCAGGCAACAAAACUUUAAACAGAAGGUGGUAGCAUUGUUGCGAAGGUUUAAAGUUUCUGAUGAGGUACUAGACUCAGAGCAAGAUCCAACAGAGCAUGUCCCCGAAGUUGAAGAAGAUUUGGACCUCCUGUAUGAUACCUUAGAUAUUGAGAAUCCAAGUGACAGUGGCCCUGAAAUGGAAGAUGAUGACAGUGUCCUUAGUACUCCUAAACCAAAAUUAAGGCCCUAUUUUGAAGGUUUAUCACACUCCAGUUCUCAAACAGAAAUUGGCAGCAUCCACAGUAUAAGCCAUAAGGAACCAUCAAGUCCACAGAUGGAGAAGCCUGAAAAGACAAGAAAGCAUCAAGGAGACAGUGUUUCUGAUUCUGUAUCUUAUAAUCUGCUUCCACAAGAAGCCAGUCAGCAAGAAGACAGCCAGGAAACUGAACUCUCUACUCUGGAUGUGUUCAUUGGGAAGCUUCCACCAAGUGGGAAGAUUACCAAGACAGAGUCUCUGAUUAUUCCUUCUACCAGGUCAGAGGGAAAGCAGACUGGUCGGCGGGGUAGAAGCACUUCACUAAAAGAAAGACAGCCUGUGAGGCCACAGAAUGAACGAGCUAACAGUCUGGAUAAUGAGCGUUCACCAGACACUAGGAAUCACUUGCAGAUCCCAAGAAAAACUGUGUAUGACCAAUUAAAUCACAUUUUAAUUUCUGAUGACCAGCUUCCUGAAAAUAUAAUACUUGUUAAUACUUCUGACUGGCAAGGACAGUUUCUUUCAGAUAUUUUACAAAAACACACCCUCCCAGUGGUUUGCACAUGUUCUUCAGCAGAUAUUCAAGCAGCUUUCAGUACUAUUGUCUCACGGAUCCAGCGAUAUUGUAACUGCAAUUCUCAGCCUCCAAAUCCAGUGAAGAUUGCUGUAGCAGGUGCUCAGAACUAUCUCAGUGCUGUAUUGAGGCUUUUUGUGGAACAGUUGUCUCAUAAAACCCCUGACUGGCUUGGUUAUAUGAGAUUCCUGAUUAUCCCAUUAGGUUCUCAUCCAGUGGCUAAAUAUCUUGGUUCUGUUGAUCAUCGGUAUAACAACUUCUUCCAGGAUUUGGCCUGGAGGGAUUUGUUCAGUAAACUUGAAACACAUACUGCUGUUCAAGAAACUCCAGAUAUUGUGUCCCGAAUAACACAGUACAUCGCAGGGGCUAACUGUUCCCAUCAGUUACCAAUUGCAGAAGCUAUGUUGACAUAUAAGCAGAAGAGGAAAAAGAACUUUCAUUUUGAUUUUACCUUAAGCCCUGAUGAAGAAUCUUCCCAAAAGUUCAUUCCCUUUGUUGGGGUGGUGAAGGUUGGAAUAGUAGAACAAUCCUCUGCAGCAUCAGGUGAUUCAGAUGAUGCAGCUCCCUCUAGUUCCAGUAUUCUUUCCUCUACCCCACCUUCAAUGUCUCCUGCUGGAAAGGAAGCAUCACCUACUCCUCCUUCUUCUCCGUCUGUGGCAAGCAGCUUUUCUUCCCCCAGUCAGAGUACUGGUGUUGAAUUAAUGGGACUGCAAGUAGAUUACUGGAUUGCUACUCAGCCCAUGGAAAAAAAGAAGGACACAGAAAAGAAAGAUCCUUCCACUGCCAAAAACACACUGAAAUGCACUUUCCGGUCUCUCCAAGUUAGCAGGCUUCCUAGCAGUGGUGAGACAAUAGUCACUCCAACCAUGUCCAUGACUGUUGUAACAAAGGAGAAAAACAAAAAAGUAAUGUUUUUGCCUAAGAAAACAAAGGACAAGGAAAUUGAGUCUAAGAGUCAAUGUAUUGAAGGAAUUAGUAGGUUGAUUUGUACUGCAAAGCAUCAGCAGAACAUGCUACGGGUUCUCAUUGAUGGAGUAGAAUGGAAUGACGUCAAAUUCUUUCAGUUGGCGGCACAGUGGUCUUCCCAUGUCAAGCAUUUCCCUAUAUGCAUCUUUGGACACUCUAAAUUCAAUUUCUAGAUUCCUGAAAGGUGAACAAGCAAGGAAUAAGUGAGGGAUGAUCAUUCUCACUGGAACUAUCAAGUGUUACCUGUUUGCUGACUGAAAGCCCAUUUUGCUUUCUAACCUGCAGAUGACUGACUGCUUUGCUGGAAUGUUUUCUGAAUUACUUUUUUUUUUAUUAAUAUUUCAGUUUACCACAAGGGACAUGCCCUUAAAAACACAAAGAAAGAACAGUCUUAAAUAUGAAUGUACUUAUAAGCUAGAAAUUAAUUGGAACAACUCCCAAGUUGGAGAGCAGAGUAACUGCACUGCUUAUUAAUGUUGAACAUGUUUGAAGAAAGAGCUUGGGGAAAGAGAAUAAGGACAAAACUAAAAUUUGGGAAUCUCAUUUAGGAUUUUUUUUUGUUUGGUGGGGAAAGGAAAACACUGAAGAAAAGAAAAAAAGAUAUGCAACUCGAGGUUUCCAAAUGGUACUUUUCUACCCAGAACUUGUGAAACAGGAAAUAUUUUCUUGCUCUCCACCAUCUUUUUCAUAGAGAAAAUGAGAUCUGAAGAUUUCUCAAGUAGCAAUAGUGUAAAAGGGUAAGUCACUUGCAUCAAGUUAUCGAUUCCAUCUGGCGUGCCCAAACUGGGGACUAUUCAGCUCACUACAUCUCAAAGCAGGUGGAAGGUAGAAGAGAAGGAAGCUUCCAGAUAAGACAUUGAGGAAGAAUUGCCCAGGGUGAUUCACAGUCAAGAUGGAAUCUGAUUUAGUGCUCCUACCUGGAGAAAAUUCUAAGGGCAAGAGACUCAAGGACAAUGCCACUGCGAAUUCAAACCACCCGUGUUCUUCCUGCUUCCAGGAAACUGCUGCCAGUGCUUGGUGGUCAGCAGGCUUGCUGCUAUCCUAUAGAGUUUUUCACCAACUCAUUCUUUUCAAUAAAACCUCCAGCCUCAUAAAGAAACAUAUUUUAGUAGCAAAUUUUUUUAAAAAUACUUUUUAACAUGUAUAUUUUAAUUUACUUAUUCCUCCCAAAAAAUGGGAUAAUGUUUUUGUUCUCCAAUGACUGAGCCAGGUGUGAUCUCUAGGUCAUUCUGCUGCAUCCCCAUUGUUGGAAUAGAACCAGCUAAAUUAACAUCCAAAUGCUACAAACAGCCUCAAAUACUACUUUCUUUAAAACUCACCAGUCAUGCAACUUUUCCUAUAGACCUCACCCCCUAUGUUUUGUUGAAAAACACCAUUAUUAUCUUGUGACUUUUGUUAGUUAAACAACAUAAAAUGUAUCAUAUACACUACCUAAAAUGGAUCUAUUCACCUCUAGAAAAGUGUUUUGCUAAAUUGUUUUCUCUCUUUCUCACUCUUUACACCCCAAUUCAUUUAGUCUCAGGCUACUGUCCUAGAUAUAGAAUAAUGGGGAUAAAGUUUAUUAUAGCCAGUACUGACUCAAAGGUGACUCACAGAACAGGCUCUCCUAGAAAAGUAAGAAACAUAUACCUUUAAUAUUUCUUUGAUUCCUGAGGCAUUCAUUUGCUCUGGGAAGCUUGUAUUCCUAUACCUUCCAUUAACACUUGGUGUCAUUUUCCUGGAAAAUGUCCUGUGCAUCUUCAGAAGUAACUGAUCUGUGUUUGGCUGUUGACACAUGAAUGCAUCAUCUGCACUUAGCAUGAUUGUUAGGGUAUUAGGUAAAAUCUCUGUUGGAUUGAACCAAAGAAGUAUACUAGUAUCAUCAAAGCAUACAAUCCUUUAGAAAAUACUAUAUGCUUUCUCUUGAUGAACAUACUUUAGAAGGUACAUAUGUCAAUUUUUAAAGUUAUAGAAUCAGUAUCUGGGGUUUCUUUGAGCUAGUAUUUAUGUUAUUAGUCUGUUCAAACCAUCGAUACAAAUUAUUGAGUUGCCCACACUUUUUUAUCUGCAGGAAAAAUGUAUUUAAGUAAAAGCUUUUUUUUCCCCUAAGCUUAACAGUCUUCUUGAUACUGAGAACUGUGUACUCUUAAAGCCUGCAAUAAAAUCUUACUAGAUGGCAGUGUAUAUACCUUCUAUACCAUUUUUUGGACAGUGAAGAUGUUAGCAGGACAAGAUUUUAAAUAUAAAUAUAAAUCUGUAACAUUCCAAAAGAUGCACUCCCAACCUCUCCAAGUAGUCUUUUCUAAGUCUUAUAAACAGUCAACAAUGUAAGGAACAAUUCUCUAUUUAAAAUAUAGCAGUAUCUUUGAAUUACCUUCCUCUAGAAGGUCUUAGCACCAUAAUUUUGGUCAACCCUAUGUAAA